AUGUAUGCGGACGAGAAUCCGAAACAAGCUCUCAUUGAACUCGCAUGGGAAACCAUCCAAAAUGAGGUCGGAGAGAUGACAAUGGUAGAGGUGUCCGAUAUGGUUUCAGAGGAUCUCAACGAGAAGAUUUCCAUUUCCAUGAACAAAACAGCAAAAGCUUGGGGCUUGGAAUGCGAGACUUACUUCGAAAUAGAACGACCAAAGCAAGAAGAAAGAGAAAACAAAGCAAAGGAAUUUGCUUAUGAGGAUAGACAGAUGCUUGGUUCGGACGCUUUGAAAGGUUUGGAAAUCUUAAAGGACCAAGGUAAAAAGCUAGCAAAUGUACUCUGUGGAAAGCUGGAACAACAGCUUGAUAGUGGAGAAUUUGAUAUUGCAACAUUGAAAAAAGCCUUAAAGUCAGAAAGAGAUUUGCUAAAAGUAUGGUGCAACAUGGGCCGGUGCAGUAGCACAGGUGUCGCCGGUGCAGCAUCAGCAAGUUCUGUUGCAGGCGCAACCACAACAAGUUCUGUCACCGUAGCAUCAACAAGUUUUGUUGCAGACGCAACCACAGCAGGUUCAAGUGCAGAUGCAGGCACUGCAGCAACAGGUUUUGUCACUAAAACAUCUUCAAGUUCAGAUACAGGCACUGCAUCAGCAGUUUCUUUUGCCACAAUAUCACCAAGUUCUAUCGUCGAUGUAGCAACAUCAAUUAUUGCUGGGGCAACAUCAGCAAGUAGAAUCAUCGACAUAGCAACAUCAGGGAAAUCUUAUAAGUCUUCUAGCAGCAACAACGAUAUUGAGAAGAUUAUUUUUGACAGCUGCAACAAUGUUUUACCUACAACUGAUAAUUCUUUUUAUCAAAGUGUCGACGAAAUUAAGGGCGAGCAAGAGAAAUGCCGAGUGGCAACUCCUGAUGUCAAUUUAUCUGUGACAGCUCAACCGAAGUCUAAUCAUGCCUGGCUUUAUGACAAGAGACGUUCUGCCAAUGGAAGAAGCAAGCAGAGUAAAAGGAAGCCAAUACCGCAUGGUUUUCACUUUGCAGAAAAGGUCAAUGACGGUCCUCCAUUACGCUGCAUUAAUUUUGAUGGUGGCGACAGUAAUUAUGCUUAUUUGGAUUAUGGUGCUACUGUAGAGUGGAGGAUUGAUUUGGCAAAAGAUCGUGAAUUGCUCAAGUCCUUGAUUGGCCGAGAAAAGAAACGUUCUGCAAGAGAUCAGUCAAAGACGCUUACACCUUCUGUUAUGCGGCCUAGCAGAAUCAAGGUAUUGGAGACCAAGGUUGUCGAUGCUAAGGUUAACAAUGUAUCGGCUAGGAUUAGUAAUGAUGUGAUUAUCCAGGGUAUAGCUUCGACAAUUGAUGAUAAGGGCGGCGAUGAUCAAGCAAGUUCUGUUGAAGAUGCUAGUAAGUUGUCGAUGAUUAAUGAAACAAUUGAAAGUAACAGUGAUACUCCGAGCACUUCAAGUUCUAGUUUGCAGAAUGAUAGUAGUUCUCCAGCACAUAAUGGUCAGUUUCAGCAAGCAUAUAAGAAUCGCCGAGGCAAUAUUGGCAACCAUACUUGGUGUUGA